GUAGGUUUCAGUUAUUUAAGCCCUUUCUUUUAUAUUAUCUGUGACCGAAGCAAAAGAAAAGCGGUAUUUUUUAAAUCAUAUGAAAUUCAUAAAAUAAUGAGAUUUCUAAUUUCACGUCGUGAGAAUUAGAGUGCGUUAUUGAUAAAAGAUCUAGUUGAUAAAAGAUGGUGAUAUCUUGGUAAGCAAGCUGAAAGAAAGACAAGAUAUUGUGCGGCUAUUUUAAGAGCAAUGAAAUCGAGUGUUUCUCGAUAUAUUUUAAUACAACUAAAUAGAUAUUAAUUCUGGACAACAUUGUACUUUUAAAUAUCUUCCGACACCUGAAGGAAGUUUUUGCAAGAUUGGAAGCUGCUUAUCUAUUGACAAUUAUUAUUAUUGUUUAAUAGUCUUAAUGAGUUCAACGUAUUUUUAAGUGAGAUAUGGCAGAAGUAAGUGAAGGUGCGCUGUCGUCAGAACCAUUGCUACUUUUACCUGGUAAUCCUUUACAGUAUCCCAUAAUUUGGGGUGAAACGACAGCUCACUUCACGUGCAGAUUGUGCAUGAAAACGUUUUACAAUAAGAACGCUUUGCAAAAUCAUAAAAAGACACAGCACGAUGAUGAAGUCAUCAAUAGCGACGUGGAAUUCCAACAGAAAACUGCACAGUUCAGCGAUCAUAACAUGAACGGGCUGUGCGGCUUCAAUUUUAUACCUUUAAAUAAACACAAUGAUGAGCAAAUUACAGGACGUGAUGGUUUUAUCACGCGCACAUUUUCUGAAGACACGACCUAUUUAAUUAUUAAAAUCGAGAGAAACGACAUUGAUACCGACGCCAUGAAGCGAUUCCGACUCGAUGGUGUUGUUAAAAAGACACAAAUGAAAUCUAAACUACCGGUUGAUCUCAGGGGGCCAUUUACAUGCACAUUCCCUUCAACCCUGCGACCGGAUCUGCUGUGUCGUCAGAUUUUCUUCAACUGCUGUGAUUAUUCACUUCACUAUCGGGAAGAGCAUACUAAAAGACGCAAGGCCGCACUACGCUGUCAGGUUUGCGAGAAACGCCUCGAUCGGAAGUUCUACUCGAAUGAAACGAUCCCUGCCCAACUCCACGCCUCAACUCAGAUUCCUUUCUCUUGUCGCAUGUGCAGUCUAAUAUUCGGGGAUAGCACCGAGUACGAGGAGCACAAUCGUGUUGUCCACGCAAAGACGAAACCGCAUCAGUGCUCGAUUUGUGCUAAACGAUUCACUCAACAAGGCGGCUUACAGCAGCACAUGCGGAUGCACACAGGUGUCCGCCCCUUUGCCUGUACAUUCUGUCCGAAAGCAUUUACACAAAAAGCAGGACUGGACCAACAUCUUCGGACACACACCAAGGUGAAGCCGUUCAAGUGUGUCAUAUGUACUAAGUGUUUCUCGCAGUCGGUGCAUCUUCGGCAACAUAUGCGCACUCACACCAACAUACAACCAUUCGAGUGCUCCGUUUGUGGGCGGAGAUUCAAGCAAAGUAGUCAUUUAAAUUUUCAUAUGCGUUCGCAUGUUGGGGAUGGUUCUUUAGUUAUGGAUAAUUUUGUGCAAGGAGAAGGUCACGACAACCAAAUGCAAUUUCUGAACUUUCCGAACUUGCAGCCGGUGCAAGAUGGUGACAUGUUGUAUUAUGCAACAGAGCUCGCUGUCGCUCCUACUGCUAAUCAAAUGUCAUUUUCCUAUCAGCCACAAGUAGUAAUACCGGGCAACGUGCUCUCAUUCUGAAACAUACUCAAUAGAAAAUUCAACAAAACUAGGUAUUAAGGAUUCUAUUCAUUUAAUGAAUUAAAAUGCAUGCAAACAUGAUACUUACUUUUGUUUAAUUUUGGACUGAAUUUGGUGGAAAUUCUAACAAAACAUAACAUAAUAACAAUUAUUGGAUUCGAUUGCUUUUAUUUUAAUUUUUUAAAUGAAAUUGGAAAUAAAGUCGUUUAAUAUAGGCGUUA